CAAAGAGUCAAAUUUGACAAAAGUAUGAAACUACACCCAGGCCCUAUAAUGUUUUUUUUAAUUAGUAAAAUAAUAUAAAAUUCACCCUAACUGUACCGUUUUCAUAAUAUGAAUUAAGUCGGUCGAAUAGAUCCAGAAUGUCAGUAAGCCAAAUAACCUCGUCCGGAAAAGUACUCAAAAGCAAACGAAAUUCCAUGACCAGGCCACAAAGCACAGUUGAUGACAUUUAUUCCAAUUUAAGAGGAGAUUUUGAAAAUGAAAACAUUACUCCUGCUUUCAAAAUAAGAUUGCAUAGUUUAUUCAGACAAAUAGAGAAGGAAUUUGAACUUUUAUAUCAAGAAAAUCAAACAUUGCAAGAAAAAAUUGAUAUUCUAAAUGAGAAAAUUGAGAGCCAAACAUUUGACAAACAAAACUAUGAUUCUGUGGACUUUGAUAACAAUGUUUCAAAAGCAUUAGCUAAGAAAGUAAGUUCUUCAUCUUCACAAAAGUUAAAAACAGCUUACAAGCUAAAAGCUCAAACUAGUAAAAUAGUGUCCAGUUUUAAAGCACCACAUUUAACAUGUAAUGUUGUUAAAGAGUAUGCAGGGCAUAAAGAUGGAGUUUGGGAGGUGUCCGUAUCAAGAACAGGACAACCCAUAAUAGGAACAGCAUCAGCUGACCACAGUGCUUGUAUAUGGAGCAUAGAUAAUGCAAGAUGUCUUUUGCAAUAUAAUGGGCAUAAUGGUUCAGUUAACUCUGUCCGGUUCCAUCCUCAGAAAGACUUGGUACUCACAGCCAGUGGUGAUAGUACCGCUCACAUUUGGCAAGCUGUUGUUAGCUGGGAUUUACCGAAAGGACAUUCUUCUGAGGAAGAGUUAGAAGGGAGUGAAGAAUGUGACGAGAGCAAAUCUGAUACAAAAAUUGCCACUUUAAGGACCCCCGUAUGUGAAUUGGUUGGUCAUUCUGGGCCCAUUUCAUCAGCUGACUGGCUCGCAGGUGCAGAUUAUGUAAUUACAGCCAGUUGGGACAGGACAGGAAUGUUACAUGAUAUUGAAUCACAUACAACAAUUACAACUUUAACAGGUCAUGACUUAGAGAUUACCCAUGCUGCAACUCAUCCUAGUCAAAAGUUGGCUGUUACUUCCUCAAGGGACACUACUUUUAGGCUGUGGGAUUUCAGGGAAACUGUUCAAUCUGUUUCAGUUUUUCAAGGGCACUCAGAAAGUGUCACUUCGGCAGUGUUUGCCAAAGAAGACAAAGUAGUAUCGGGGUCGGACGACCGCACUGUAAAAGUGUGGGAUUUGCGAAAUAUGCGAUCUCCCUUAGCUACUAUACGUACUGACUCUGCUAUUAAUCGAUUAUCGGUAUCAUCAACAGGUGUGAUAGCUAUUCCGCAUGAUAACCGACAGGUGCGCCUAUUCGACUUGACCGGUCAAAGACUAGCACGCUUACCACGGUCUAGUAGGCAAGCCGGUCAUGGCCAUAAUCGAAUGGUCGCUUGCACUGCGUGGGCGGACGAACCCUCAAAUAAUAUCAAUUUAUUUACUUGCGGUUUCGACAGGAAGGUUCUCGGGUGGUCUGUGCAAUCCGUUAAAGAUAAAGAGAAAGAGAAAGAUAUUUAAAUUUAUUUAGAAUAAGACUAAUAAAUAUUAAUUAAUUAUUUUUUGAUGGAUAGGAAUACUUUUUUAUUAUUUAGAUAGGUUGAUGUCGGAAAUUGUGAUAAUUACUGUAAUUUAUUUUUUUAAUUAUUAUUACACUUUAUUUUUUAUUUUUUUCUCAUUUUGUUUGCCGUUAAUAAUUGAUAGACUUUUUUCAAUAAUUUGAGAAGCUUUUACUGAAUUACCGACGUUAGUCCGUCCAUUGCAAAUCGUUUGUGUUUUAUUAUAAUUGAUAUUAAAACCGUUAAACAUUCAAAACGAAUUCUAGUUGCUUUUAUUGUAAAAAAAAUAGAUUAUAGAAUUUUGGUCGUUUGCCCUCAUUAAAAAUAAUGUUUGGGUUUUAAUUUUUUAUUGAUCGUUUAUAAAAAGAAAUAGUUUAACAUUAGCUAUGAAACCAUGUUCUAGAUUAAUGAGCAAAAGUUGAUAUUAAAAAAUAUCUUAUUUUUAAUCUUCAAAUGAAACGAGUUAUUAGGAUAAAUAAAAAUGGCUUACAAAUUAAACGAAUAUAAGAUAAUUAUUUAAACCUAAUGGUAAUUGAAUUUAUGGUUCUUAAAGUGAAAAUACCACUACUUCCUUGACUUAUGCUAUCAGUAGGAAUUUAUAUCCCAAAAAUAGUCCUUAAAUUGCACAUAUCAACGUAUGCAUUUAAUCACUGCUUUGUUACUGUAAAUCUGAUGAACAGUAGCUGAAGGUACGGUUACGGUAUUUUGUGACAUAAUUGAUUUCAUAUGAAUGUGAUAGUUUAAUAUAUAUAAAUAUACGUGUACAAUCAGCAUUGUUUACUGCUUAUCAGAACUAAAAGUGGACCUAUGGUGCAGGAAGGGGGUUUAAAAUUAGAAUUUCAAGAAAUUUUGUUUUAUUAUUUGAUAUACACAUUUUGUUGCAAAAAAUAUUUUAAUCGAUUUAAAUAUUAUAAAGAUGCGUUAUCAAAAUUAAUUAACAGUUUGGAGGGAAAGUUGUUUGAAAUUUCUUAGAAAGCUCCCUUCCGAGAUAUUAUUGAUCAAUAAGAGAAACUUGUGGUUGUGAUAAUCAAGAAGUAAAUUUCUGUAAAUUUGCUAUGUAGUUCAACAUAUUAAAAAUUGUCUCUGUUAUAAACUAAUUAAAUCCACUUAAAGGGUC